AUGAAUCUGAUUCCACAUUUCCUGCUCCGCGGUCUCUGGCUCUCUCAGGAUUUGCGCAUCCUGAACGCGCUCCAUCUGACGGCUCCAACCACGCGCGUGAGUCAAAGGGAGGCGUGCCCGCCCCCGCGGCCCCGGCAGCCAGUAGGCGCGCGCCCCGGAUUACCCCGCCGCUAUAAAGCCGGGGCUGCCGGGGCCGUGGGGGGGGGUGGGGGGUCAGCGGCAGCUGGACACACCGACCCGACACACGCCCAGCAGCCAGCGGCCAUGGAGCCUGACCAGGACGGCGGCCGCGCGCGCAACGGGCGCCCCGACGGCACGGGCCGGCGCGCGGAGGAGCCCCGCGCGGAGCCGGCGGACGGCUGGAGGGAGGAGCGCACGCGCAGCGUGGAGGACAACGAGCUGAGCCUGCCCGGGCUGGCCGCCGCCUACGGGAGCAUCCUGCGCGGGCUGGGGGAGGACCCGCAGCGGCAGGGGCUGCUCAAGACGCCCUGGAGGGCCGCCACCGCCAUGCAGUUCUUCACCAAGGGCUACCAGGAGAAGAUCACCGACGUGCUGAACGACGCCAUCUUCGACGAGGACCACGACGAGAUGGUGAUCGUCAAAGACAUCGACAUGUUCUCCAUGUGUGAGCACCACCUGGUGCCCAUCUUCGGCAGGGUUCACAUCGGUUACCUCCCGAACAAGAGAGUCCUGGGCCUCAGCAAGCUGGCCAGGAUCGUUGAAAUCUACAGCCGUCGACUACAAGUUCAGGAGAGGUUGACCAAACAGAUCGCUGUGGCAAUCACUGAAGCCCUGCACCCCACCGGGGUCGGCGUCGUCAUCGAGGCCACUCACAUGUGCAUGGUGAUGCGGGGCGUCCAGAAGAUGAACAGCAAAACCGUCACCAGCACCAUGUUGGGAGUUUUCAGGGAAGACCCAAAAACCCGCGACGAGUUCCUGACGCUCAUCCGGAGCUGAGGAGGACCACGCUCCUCCUCCUCCUCCUCCUCCUCCUCUUCUUGUUGCCUAGGGUUACCUCCAACUGUACGGAGCGGAUGCCGUGCAACCUGUGUGUGUGUGU